AUGGGCCCGCUUACUGACCAAAAGAUACCCGCUCGAGGAAUUAAAGGCUAUGUGAAGUGCACAGUGAGCGUGGUGAUGAAAGGAGACCCCAUGGGCAUGGUCAGCUUGGCACCAGCUGGCAGCCAGAAUGAUGACAUUGAAAAGAACCUUCUUCUUCCAAAGAGGAUGCCAUCAGAACGCCCUUGGGCAAAGUUUGUCUUGAAGAUCUUCAAAGCUGAAGGUCUGCCCAGCAUGAACUCGGGUUUCAUGGGGAAGAUAAUGAGAGACAAGAAAGUUUUCCUUGACCCUUAUGUUCAGGUCACAUUCGCUGGCCAGCAGAUCCUUGAUGAUGCCAACAUUGGAGAUGUGGCUGUGGCAACACACUUCCUGGACCUUCUGCAAAUUUCCAAUCCCAAUCGAAAUGGGUUUCAAUCCCACCUUUGCCCUACAUGGGUCAAUCUUUACGGCUCUCCUCAAAACUCCACACUGAGAGACAUCCACAGGAUCUUAAUGAAGGUCUGA